AUGCUGAAGGGUACCAACCGGUUUGAGUCUCCCGCGGGCAUCUCUGCAGGAAAAGGUCCACCGUUGGACCAUGGUGAUGAGCUGCUGGACUUGACUAUUCAGAGCAAUUACACCUUUGCCAGCGAAGAAGUUGAUGCUCUCCAUACUGCCGAUGACCUUGUCGCUGAUCACGACGAUUCAAUACGAAGAGAUAUCCGCCUGGGAAUCAUCGCAAUCCGUAUCGCAUGCCAACGAGGCAUCUGCUUGUGCCGCAGAGCUGGUGAAGCAAACGAAAGAAAGAACAUCCACGACACCGGUUUCGUCGAUCGUCAUGUCCUCUGGGCGCACAUAUACUGGGAGUUGCACUUCCGCCGAGCUGAUGCUCGAGAAUCAGGUCUCUUGCGGCAAAGAGCCGAGGAUUGUGACCGCUCCGAGUCUGACGGCGACGACAUUGGUCCAUCGUGUGGUGCCAGAGUUCUUGAUUCGAGCCAGAAGGGUAAAUCCGGCAGUGGCAGAGUGGAGUCGUCGACUUGGCUCGCUGGCGGAACAAUCCCUCCGACAGAUCUCCUCGAUGACUCUGGUGCUUCAGCACCUGUGUCAACUGGGACCACCUGUUUCGUUCGGUUCGUUGGUGGCCAUGCGGCUAGAAAGAUGGGUUCAGAUGAAGGCAGGUUGAGUGUGUUUUGGAAUGGCCGUGGAAAGGUCGGGUUGGAGAAACUUGUUGGUAAAUGA